AUGCGCGGAGUUCCACAGGGGUCCAUCCUUGGUCCUCUAUUAUUUUUAUUAUACAUAAAUGAUAUGCCUGACUCGUUAAGUCACUUAACUCCUUCACUCUAUGCCGAUGACAUGGUAAUUAAUGAAUCUUCUAAUGACUGCGCCGACCUUGUCGACAAGGUAAAUAUUGAUCUCGAAAACAUACGCAAAUGGAUGAUACGCAAUAAACUUCAAAUCCACCCCAGUAAAUCGAAACAUAUGUUCAUUGGGUCUCCAUAUAACCUUAAGAAUAAAGUAUCUGGUAAUCCUAUUUUAAUUAAUAAUAAGCUAGUACCCAGGAUUAAUAAAUAUUCAUGCCUUGGCGUGACUAUGGACGAAAGGUUGUCUUGGGAUAAACAUAUUGAUUCAAUCUGUUCUAAAGUUGGUGCCGGUAUUGGUGCAAUGAGACGUGUUAAACCUUUUGUACCACUGUCGACAACCAAAAUGCUAUAUAAUGCUAUUAUACAGCUUUAUUUCGAUUAUUGCAGCUCGUUGUGGGAUAAUUGUGGAAAUGGCCUCAAAGAUAAGUUGCAAAAAUACCAAAAUCGUGCUGCAAGAGUAGUUACUGGAGCAACUUAUGAUAUUCGGUCAUCUGAGUUACUCAAUAAUCUAAAUUUGAAACCUCUAGAAGAAAGACGAAAUUAUCUUAAAUCUAUUUUCGUCUAUAAAGUUCUGAAUAGCCACACCGCACCCAAUCUUAAAAAAGCAUUUCAUUCUAAUAAUGAAAGACAUAAUACUUACAAUCUUAGAAAUAGGGAUACUGAUUUAGCACCACCUAUGCCGAAAAAAGAAUUCGGCAAGAGGUGCUUCAGUUAUAAUGGUGCCUUGUAUUGGAAUAAUCUUCCCCAUGAGGCAAAAAUUGCUGAAUCUCUAAGCUCUUUCAAGUCGAUAUUGAAACAAAGAAUGAGUUGAAAUUUGCUUGUGUGUAAUCGUGCAGCUAAAUCAAUUGUAUUUUUUUAUUUUUUUUGUUAUAUUUUGUAUUUCCCGUAUAUAGUUAACUUUUUGUAAAUAGGUAAUUUCACGCCCCUCAUGGAAACCAGCCUUCCAACGGCUGUUGAGGCUAGCGUGGUUUAAAUAAAGUUUUGUAUGUAUGUAUGAGGGCAAGGCUCCUGGCGCUGAAGAGAAGGCUUCUGGCGCCGAGGAAAAGGUUUCUGACACUGAGAACAAGGUUCCUGCCGCUGAGGACAGUGUUCCUGGCGCUGAGGAAAAGGGUUCUGGCGCUGAGGAAAAGGGUCCUGGCGCUGAGGAAAAGGCUUCUGACGCUGAGGACAAGGCUCCUGGCGCUGAGGACAAGGCUCCUACCGCUGACGACAAGGCUCCUGGCGCCGAAGACAAGGUUUCUGGCGCUGAGGACAAGGUUCCUGGCGCUUAG